GUUUAGUGUUAAAAAACCAGUCUUAUGCUCUAGCUCGCUGAAUAAUCUCUAGAAUUUUGCGCUGAAAAUAGCUCCCAAAGCUAUCAAAAGUACAAUUAAGACACACACCGAUCUCCAGUUUUCAGAAUACAGUAUCAUUAAUCCUCACAAAGUAGUUCUUUGCUAGACUGACGAGGAUGAUAUCUUACUAAACACAACUAUUUUGUGAUACCAAUUAAUUACAUGGGUUGUCACCUAGUCUUUUUUAUGGUUGGAUUAUCAGACUGUCGAUGGACUUAAUUAUUUGUUGGAUUCAGUCUUGUGAGUGAUCACUCCGUAAGAUGGCGUCAUUUCGGAUUUACAGUCGAUCAACAUCCUGUCAGUUGUUUAACCAUUGAUUUUUGGUUAGAUUAGUCGAAAUCAUGUUCACACUACGAAUUUCUACCUUAAAAUAAUGUUCUUCGUUCAUAGUUUUAUAGAUUGUCUCAGGUAUGGAUGAAAUAGAUGUUCACAUAUUUGUUCUCACGGUUAUGAACAAAGAGUGAAGUUGUAUCAUUAGAUUUACCAUGGAUAACACCGUAAUUGCUCGUAUAAAGCGUCAGUUAACUACGACGUAGGACCACGCACACAUAUGCAUCGGUCCAAGUUUGUAACAGGUGUCACAAUAAAUAUCUACCAUUGCAAGAAAGUUCUGGUUUUACGGACGAUAUGUGGUUACUGUAAGGUAACAAACAGACAGCAUAAAUUUCAGUUAAUCAAAACUUUGUUGUGCAAACUCCAUAUUUCGAGCUAAUUGAGCCUUAGGUAUCUUUUACUAGGUUGCUUGGGAUCUACGUUACCUUAAUAUUUUUGAUGAAAUAUUGAGUGAUCGAAUUUGUGUAUAUGAGGUAGUGGGACGAGUACUUUUUGGGUGUGGUUGACUUGAUUAGUUCUCAUACAACUAAAAUCUUAGUGACGAGUAUCAAUCUGAGUUGGUUGUGUGGCUGUAUUUUAUGAAUAAGAUGAAAUCACUACCCGCCGACCCGAGUCGUACAAGUUGGUGAAGACUUUAAGUUAGGUAUUGUUGUGAUGGAAAUAUAGUGGUUGAACAGCCUGUUUGGCAUGCUUGUAUUGUUUGUUUGAAUCUUCACAUUGAUGUUUAGGACUACAAUUGAACAGUUUCUUACUGUCAUAUGUGCAUCAUGCGCGGAUUACUUCGAUAUUGCCUUGAGCCACAAGCAUUAUAAACGAAGUUAUAUGGUGGCUAGUAGUGGAAUUUGAGUUGCACGUUUCGUCCUAUUUGGAACUCGUCAGUUGCAUGUACUUGGUGGUUAUCGGGACUCAGUAGCUAAGUGAAUAACGCGUUGGCGUUUGAAGCGGACGGUGCUGGGUCCGAGUCCCUGGGCGAGCAUCAACUCUGGGAUGCAGUUAAUUUCGUCGUUUUUAUUUCUAGAUUCAGAAUAGCCGUUUUAUGUCCGGCCUUCAUUUGCUUUGGUUUACUUAUAGAAAAAGUAACUAUUCUUCUUGAAGCAGCUGUCGUUAACAAUAUGUAUCGGACAUCACCAAUUAAAAUAUCUUCGGAAAGUGGAAAUCCUUCAUCAAUCAAGGAAUUUCAUGAAAUAGUCACUGGCCCUUUAUCGGAAUACGUACGUAAUAGUUUCGAAAUUGGAGAUAUUGUUGGAAAUCACGCCUCCAUGGUUAAACAAUGUUUUUUGAUGCAAGAAGGAAUAAUCAAAUUGGCAGCUGAAUGCUCAAAACCUUCUGACUCUGAACUUAAGCUUAUUAUAACACCAUUAGGAAACCUAAUAGAAGAAGUUAUCAAAUUUAAGGAUAAUAAUCGAAGCAGUAACUUUUUUAACCAUCUUUCAGCUGUGGCUGAGUCUGUUACAGCUCUAGGCUGGCUGAGUGAUACUGUUGCACCAUCGACGUACGUUAAAACCAUGCAAGAAGCCGGUGAAUUCUUUACGAAUCGUGUUCUUAUGGAAUACAAAAACAACGACACAAUUCAUCGUGCUUGGAAAAAAUCUUUAAUGUCUAUUUGGACUGCAUUACAAGUUUAUGUUAACAAGCAUCAUACCACUGGUUUGGUUUGGAAUGCUCGUGGUAAACCAGCUGUAGCAUCGAAGCUGUCUAAGUCUUCGCCUACUCGUGAAGUUAAUUCCAAUUGUUCUGCACAAUCACCCCCUGUACUUACAGCUUCUCAUUUAGCUGCAAUGUCAUUGCAAGCAAACGAUAACGCAACACAGUCUAAUUUAUUCGCUGAUCUGAAUCGUGGAACAGCGGUAACAUCUAAUCUGCGCAAAGUGACUGACGAUAUGAAAACACAUAAAAAUCCCCAACUUCGUGAAGGACCUGUUAUCCAUACAUCACGAACUCAAGUGAAUUCAUCAUCGAAUAAUCCCACUGUCCGACCACCAUCUGAGAAAGAGCCGUCGGGGGCUGGAUGUUUGGAACUAAGGGGUAACAGAUGGACUGUAGAAAAUUUCCAGUCUGCCGGAAAUUUACAAAUUGUUAGUACCGAAACAAAACAAACAGUUUGUAUUCAUAAAUGUAAUGAAUGCACAGUUCAAAUUAAGGGGAAAAUUAAUUCAAUCAUGAUGGAUAAUUGUAAGAAAACCGGUGUAGUCUUUGAUCAUCUGAUCUCAUCUAUUGAUGUGGUGAAUUGUCAGAGUGUUAAAAUUCAGUGUCUUGGACAACUAUCAACUGUGAAUAUUGACAAGACAGAUGGAUGUCAAGUGUUCUUAAGUGAAGACUCAAAGUAUGCUGAUGUGAUCACAGCAAAAUCUUCAGAGAUCAAUAUCCUCAUACCUAAAGGAACUGAUGAUUUUGAAGAGUUCGCAGUCCCAGAACAAUUUAAAACAAAUUUUACUGGAAAAGGGUUGAAAACAGUGUGUAGUGAUUCUAGAUAAGAAAUGUUCGUCAUACACAUAUGUCAACAAUAUUGAAAAUUUCCAUUUUAAACAGCCACUUUAUCUUGCUUCAUGUACUAGUACAACAUUUUUGUUCAAGCGCAAUACAACACAGUGCUUUUCUUGAUAGUUUAAUUUGUUUGACUGUGUCAAUCUUUGACUUUCAAUAUCAGGCACCUGUUGUUUUAUCUCUUUUAAUAGUAUUUGCUUUUUUAUUGCUUGUUUAAAAAUAUACAUGUGAUGAUUUUUACAUCGGUCUGUGUAAUCCGUCAUCAUUGUUGUGUGGUUAGUCUGUUUAUUGUGCAAUGCUAAUAUGCAAUUUCAUAAGUAAAAUAUUAAAUAACGUU